CUGGUGGAGCCUGGCGAGUAAAUGUCUCCACACCACGGCGAGGUUUCGGAAGAAAACAGGAACCGAGCACCGGUGGCUGGAGCGGCACUUGAAGGAUCCCUGUGUCAAGGCGGCGAAGCGACAGAAUUACCGUUGCCGAAGUGCCUUCAAGUUACUGGAGAUCGACGACAAGCUUCGUAUUCUUCGUCCAGGAUUUUCAGUACUUGACUGUGGAGCCGCACCUGGUGCUUGGAGCCAGGUUGCUGUAGAGAGGGUCAACGCCUUAGGUGCUGAUCCUGCUGUCCCCACCGGCUUCGUCCUUGGCGUUGACCUGCUGCGGAUUUCUCCUCUGGAGGGAGCGGUCUUCCUGUCGCAGGCUGACAUUGCGGACCCAGGCACGCUGAGGACAAUUCAGAGUCUGCUUCCUGCAGAGAAGGUGGACGUUAUCUUGAGCGACAUGGCGCCUAACGCAACGGGCAUUAAGGAGCUGGAUCAUCAGAAGCUGAUCAAUCUGUGUUUAGGCCUUUUGAAUCUGUCUGAAAGUAUUUUAAAGCCAAAAGGAACGAUGCUCUGUAAAUUUUGGGAUGGACGUGAGUCCCGUCUUCUGCAGAACAGACUGAAGGAGCAGUUCCAAGAUGUGAGAACUAUAAAGCCUCAGGCCAGCCGGAAGGAGUCUGCUGAAUCUUAUUAUUUGGCAAGACUGUACAAAGGGAAAUGAAAGCUGAGAACCACAAAUGAUCAAACAGGUGAUCAGGCAUUGAUUGGAAGUGUGAAUUUGGUGUGUGUUUAAAGAAAAGUCCCACUGUUA